GAAAAUCAAACAUGUAACCAAGAAUAAGAAUGUAGUAUACAGCUAAUCUGAAGACCUGAGAAGUCUCUUCCAACAUGGCUCAAGAUAACUCUCCUAACAAGUCUACACCAACAAAUCACAGAUGCAGCCGCCCCAAAUUCACACAAGAUCAAUUGAAAGUCCUCAUCAAAGCAUUUGACAAAAAUCCUUACCCAGGUUAUGCCACCAAAGAAAAACUUGCUUUAGAAGUCAACACUGAAGAAUCUAGAAUCUAGAUUUGGUUUCAGAAUCGAAGAGCUAGGCACCAGAAAAAAUCAGAAUCCGAUGAGGAUUUAGAAUCAAGCCAAGACCACAAUCACCUUGAAGAGGAGAUUCAAAGCAGAGAAGACAGACACAAACGGUGUCACACCAACUACACACUCUCACAAUUACACACCCUCAUCGAGGCAUUUUCAAACAACCCUUAUCCUGGCUUUGAUUCCAGAGAGCAGCUUGCUAAAGAAAUUGGCAUUCCAGAGCCAAGAAUCCAAGUUUGGUUUCAAAAUCGGAGAUCCAGAUUUCAUGUCCAGAGAAAAAGAGAACCUGAUAAAGAUUUAGAACAGAGACAAGACCAGGAACAGGAUCUCUGAGAUGAGAGAGUUCAAGGCACAGAAGCUACACAAUGGCCCUAAUCUUUCUAUCCUAAUCUUUCUGUCUUAUUUCUCCAGAGCCAGAGCAAGAUGGACAGAUAGAGACAUCGGUGUACUCGAUAACUUCAGCCUGGGUGCUCAUUUCUCACUUGUCUUGGGAACAUGUUUUCCUAAACAUACCUCCAGCUUUUCCAGAGCUGAGCCUGCUGGAUACGCUAACAGGACUUUUGGAGGCAGAGACAGAUGCAUGG